AUGCCACCCAAACGCAAAAAGUCCCUUCCUGACCCCUCAACCGAAUCUUCCAUCCCAGAUGAUAACUUCGACGUCUCAUCAAUCGCAUCUCUUCCUUCUACCGCCUCAGCUACACCCAUCAAACCCAAAGCUAAAAAAUCGAAAAUCGAAAAAGCGGAGAAAAUUGAAAAGGUUAAAGCAACAUCCAAAGCUAAAACUUCUGCAAAGGAAAAAGUUCCUGCGAAAGAUAAAGAGGUUAAAGACUCUAAGGGAAAGGUUGUUGCUAAGGAUGGGAAGGAGGUGAAGGAGACGAAGGAGAUUAAGGAGAUUAAAGAGGCUAAAGUAAUAGGUAAAGAUGGGAAGGAGAAAGUAAAAGCAGUUACUGGGGAUGAGGCACAGGAGGUUUUGAUGGAGUAUUUGAUUAGAGAGAAUAGACCUUUUAGUGCGGGGGAUGUUAGUGGUAAUUUACAUGGUAAGGUAUGUAUUAACUUGUUUUCGUUCUGUCUCAUCUUAUCAGCUCAUCUCAGCUCUCACCUUGUUUCAUAUCCUCCGUUCAUAUUAAAGCAACAAGAGAACGCGACGAGUACUAACAAAGCCCAGGUAACCAAAACCCUCACAGAUAAACUCCUAAAAGAACUCAGCAACUCUGGUCUUAUCAAUGGAAAAGGUACAAAUGGUGAUGGAAAAGGUUCUCAAUGGGUAUAUUGGGCAUUACAAUCCCCCUCUACUCUUUCACCCGAAGAACUCGCAGCUAUGGAUACAGAAAUCGAGAAUUUACGAGCUAGAAUCCCGGAAUUGAGAAUGGAUGUUAAGAAACUUAGUAUUAAACUUGGGGGGUUGGAAAAAGAACUGGGAGUUGCCGAGUUGAAGGAGAGGAUUGAACAAUUGGAGGAGGGAAAGAGAGAGAAGGAGGAGAGGUUGAGACGAUUGAGAGAGGGAGGAGUGAAAAUGGUGAAGAAGGAGGAGGUGGAGAGGGUAGGAAGAGAAUUGGGUUAUUGGGGACGGAUGAGAGGGGUUAGGAAGAGGGGGUUUUUGAAUGUGGAGGGGGUUUUGUUGGAGGGGAUGGGAAGGGAGGAGAUUUGGGAGAGAGCUGGGAUUGAGGGGGAUGAGGAGGGGAGUUGA